UACGCACUUCUGUGCGUCUGGCUCUGACAUCAUCGGCUAUGAAGUUACAGAUAUGGCAUUGCCCCUCUUGGAGACCGCUUAGUCUUGAGACGGACAGACUAAAGCCACCACCAUCAUGUCGCUCAGCUGGUCAGCAAAAGACCACAAAAAUAUGAAUCAACCCGCCGCGACCGGGCAGAAACGAUCGCGCAACGACACGGGGAACAAAGCGACGGUGGUGCUCGGUGCGCAGUGGGGAGACGAGGGCAAAGGAAAAGUUGUCGAUUUGUUGGCGACUGACGCUGACGUUGUCUGCAGAUGUCAGGGGGGCAACAAUGCAGGGCACACAGUGGUAGUGGACGGCAAGGAGUACGACUUCCACCUUCUCCCCAGUGGAAUCAUCAACUCCAAAAGCAUAUCACUCAUCGGCAAUGGAGUGGUUAUACAUCUACCCGGCCUGUUUGAAGAAGGCGAUAAAAAUGAAAAGAAAGGUCUGAAAGGCUGGGAGAAGAGACUAAUUGUCUCAGACAGAGCUCACCUUGUGUUUGAUUUCCACCAGGUUGUCGAUGGCUUACAGGAAACUGAGAGACAAGCACAAGAAGGAAAGAACAUUGGAACAACCAAAAAGGGGAUUGGACCUGCAUACUCCAGCAAAGCAUCUCGCACCGGCCUACGUGUGUGUGACCUCCUGGGUGACUUUAAGGACUUCUCUAUGAAAUUCAAGAACCUUGUCCACCAGUUUCAAUCCAUGUAUCCAGCCUUGACAGUUGAUGUUGAGGACCAACUGAAAAAACUCAAGGAAUACGCUGAGAGAUUGCGGCCGAUGGUGAGAGACGGGGUCUAUUACAUGUACGAAGCUCUUCAUGGAUCUCCAAAGAAAAUCUUGGUAGAAGGGGCCAAUGCGGCUCUCCUCGACAUUGACUUUGGCACAUAUCCUUUUGUGACAUCAUCAAACUGCACCGUGGGCGGGGCAUGCACUGGUCUUGGCAUCCCGCCGCUGAAUAUUGGUGAUGUGUUUGGUGUAUCAAAGGCCUACACUACCCGAGUGGGAAUUGGAGCCUUCCCAACAGAACAACUCAAUGCAGUAGGAGAGCUGCUGCAGACGAGGGGUCAUGAGGUGGGUGUAACCACAGGAAGGAAGCGGCGUUGCGGCUGGUUGGAUCUUGUCAUUGUCAGAUACGCUCAUAUGAUUAAUGGCUUCACUGCCAUUGCUUUGACAAAACUGGACAUUCUGGAUGUGCUGGAUGAAAUUAAAGUUGGCGUCGCCUACAAACUCAACGGAAAAAGAAUUCCCCAUUUCCCAGCAAACAUGGACGUUUUGCACAAAGUGGAGGUUGAGUAUGAGACCUUCCCUGGUUGGAAGACGGACACGUCUGCAGCCAGGAAGUGGAACGACCUCCCAGCCAAGGCACAAAACUACAUCCGCUUCAUUGAGAACCACAUUGGAGUUCCUAUCAAAUGGGUUGGUGUUGGAAAAUCCAGAGAGUGCAUGAUCCAGAUGUUCUAAAGGGAAACCUUUAUCCCUCCUUGAUGGAAGCACUGACGAUGUGGCAUCUUUUCAUCAUCUAAAAUGAUUUUCUCCUCAUUAUUUAAUAAACAAAACAUAAAGACCUAUGUCACCUUUAA